AACACUCAACAGUAUCAACCCAGAGACCAACAUAUAUUUUCAAGAAAUCAAAUGUAAAUAAUAUUAUGAACUGGGAACUGAUAGACUAUAGGUAUCUAUUCUAAUAGGAUUAUUUAUGGAUCAAUUGAGCUAGAAAUCCAUAUUAUCCAGAUACUGAUAGACUAUAGGUAUCUUUUCUAAUAGGUUAAUUUAUGGAUCAAUUGAGCUAGAAAUCCAUAUUAUCCAGAUUAUUGAGAAAUCAGGAGAGCAUAGGAUAUAAUUAUGCCAUUUCCAAGGCAAAAAGUCCUGAAUGCAGAUAUAACUCACAAACAUUCCCCUCAAGUAAUGUAUAAACUUCUGAAGAAGAACCUGAUAGCUAAAGAAUAUGCUGAUUAUCAGUUCAUACAAAAAAGUAAGAUACCCACUAUGCAUUUUCAACAAUCACUUCCAAGGUUACCGAUACCAAAACUGGAUUUAACUUGUGAGAGAUACUUAGCAGCUCAAAGACCAUUAUUGAUUGAUGAAGCUUACAGAAAAACAGAAUGUAAUGUAAAUCAAUUCAAGAACACCUCUGGUAAGCAGCUCCAGGACAUGCUCAAGAAUUAUGAUAAGGUAAACAAAAACACCAGUUAUAUAUCUGAGUUCUGGUUUGACAGUUACUUGAGAGAUCGCAAACCCAUUCCUAUAAAUUAUAACCCAAUGCUUGUUAUGCACAAGGAUGACCGACCACAGUACAAUGAUCAACUAGUAAGAACAGCAAAUUUAAUAAUCAGCUCCUUGAGAUUCUAUAAAUCCCUAGAAGCAAGCCUUUUGGAACCUGAAGUUUAUCAUCUGAAUCCAAAGGGUAGUGACACAGAGAGAUUCAGAAAUGUAUGUAGUGCAUUACCCACUCACCUUGCUUGGUAUGGAGCCUACUUGUUUAAGGCUUAUCCAUUAGAUAUGAGCCAGUAUCCAAGUCUUUUCAACUCUACCAGAAUUCCUGAAAUAGACAAAGACAGGAUAGUAAGGAAUUCAGCUGGAAAGCAUAUUACUGUUCAAUAUAAAGGACAUUUCUAUGCAUUUAGAGUUUUGACUGAUAGCAAUGAUAUUUUGCCAGCAGAACAAAUCUUGGCAAGAUUGAAAUUUAUUUUGGAGGACAAUAUUCCACACUGUGAUCAUCCAAUUGGAAUCCUAACUACUUUGGAGAGGAAUAAAUGGGCUAUAUUGAGACAUCAGCUUUGUGAAAAUGGAAAUGAACAGAAUUUCAAAUACAUUGAUUCAGCACUGUUCAAUGUUUGUCUUGAUUCAAAAACUUUAGGGGAUGAUCCAUAUGCUGUCUCUAGAAAUUUUCUACAUGGAGAUGGAGAAAACAGAUGGUUUGACAAAUCCUUUUCUUUACAAAUAUCAAAGGAUGGUCAAGCUGCAGUUAAUUUUGAACAUGCUUGGGGUGAUGGUGUGGCAAUAUUAAGAUAUGUACAGGACAUCUAUAAGGACUCAAGAGAAAACUCUUUUGUUUCCCCUGACACCAAACCAUAUGAUGAAAACAUAAGUAAUGUGGUACGUUUAGAUAUACAUCUGAGUGAUAAUAUCAAGUCAAGCAUUGAAGAUGCUAAAAAGGAAUACCUGAAAACAUGCUCAAGUUUGGAUAUAGAUUAUUUGAUAUUUGACCAGAUAGGCAAAAAUGUAUGCAAGAAGCAAGCUGUCAGUCCAGAUGCUGUAAUGCAACUUGGUUUUCAGGCUGGUUACUAUAAAAUGACUGGCAAGUUUGUUCCUACAUAUGAAUCAUGCAGUACUGCUGCUUUUAAACAUGGGAGAACUGAAACUGUGAGGUCCUGCACCACAGCUACACAGGCUUUUACCCUUGCUAUCAACUCUAAAGACCAACCACCUAUAAGAGAUUUGAAAAACAUGAUAUCUGAAUGUUCAAGGGUGCACAACCAGCUGACUAGAGAAGCUGCCAUGGGACAGGGUUUUGAUAGACAUCUUUUUGCUCUCAAGAAGUUUGCUGAAAAGACAAAUACUGUGUGCAACAUUUUCGAUGACCCAGAUUUUGCCUUGAUUAAUCAUAUUAUUCUAUCAACCAGUACUCUCAGUUCCCCUGCCAUUUAUGCUGGAGGCUUUGGACCUGUUGUCAGAGAAGGACUGGGAGUGGGGUAUAUCAUAAAAGAUGAUGAGCUAGGUGUGUUGGUCACAAGUUACCCACCAUAUCAGAAUGGAUCUGAUUUCAUUGAUUCUCUGCGUAGUACUUUUGAGAAAAUCGUAGGUUUGCUGCAAAAGGAUUAACUGUGAGUAAACAAAUCCUAUAAAUAAUUCACUUCCAUUAGAAACUAGGAUCUUAUGUGAUUAUGUACAGGAUGUGAACUUCUCAUAGCUCUGUAUCUAGAUGGAGUUCCUAUAAAAAGUUCGCCAAUCCUUCCAAAAUUUGUUCUGUGUUGAAUUGGAGAUUGAAGGUCAAAAUGUGGUUUGACCCUCCUCAGACUUAUUUAAUGAAAUAUGAGGAUAUUAAUCAUACUACAGUGGCAUUGAAACCAUGAUGCUUCAAUUUAGUUUAUUUCUGUAAAUGGUUCAUUUCGUCAAUAUUAGGCAAAAUACACUCAUCAGC